AUGGGUUUCAGCACUACGGCCGAGUUCGAUCAGGCGUAUCAAAUUGUACAGGGUACUUUUGCAUCUGGCACCACCAAGAGCAAGGAAUGGAGACGUCGUCAACUGAAACGGGCUUGGUGGAUGAUUGAGGACAACAAGACGCGCAUCUGCAACGCUCUCUAUAUCGAUCUACACAAACACUAUCAAGAAGCCUACAUCGGCGACUGCGCUAAUAUCCAAGCGGAUAUUCUACGCACCCUCAAAAAACUGGAUGAGUGGACGAAGGAUGAAAGACCGGAAAAAUCCGAUCCUCUCAACUUCGUAGGAAGAGCCACUGUCCGCAAGGAACCUCUUGGUGUGACUCUGAUUAUCGGCGCAUGGAAUUUCCCCGUCAGUCUGCUCCUGCAGCCAAUGGCUGCUGCGAUUGCUGCUGGGUGUGCCGUCAUUCUCAAACCAUCGGACGUAGUAUGUGCCACUCAAGAUGUCCUGAUGGAAAUUAUUCCCCAAUACAUGGACCAAGAUGCGAUCCGGUGUAUUUCCGCUGGCCCACAAGAAAUGGGAUAUAUCCUUGAGCAUCGCUUUGAUCACAUUUUCUACACUGGAUCUCCCAAUAUUGCCAAAAUCAUCCAUGCAGCAGCAGCAAAGCAUCUGACUCCCGUCACACUUGAAUUGGGUGGUCAAUGUCCUGCUAUUGUCGCAGAAUCGGCGAAUCUCGAUCUCGCCGCAAAACACAUUGCCGUUACUAAAUUCAUGAAUGCUGGACAGGUUUGCUUGAAUGUAAACCACGUUCUAGUCCACCCAAGUGUACGAGAACGCCUUGUCGCUGAUUUGAUUCGAUACUUUGACACGUUCCUAGGAGGCAAAGCCGACAAUGCAGAGCAUUACACCCACAUCAUCAACCAGCGUAACUUCGACCGCCUUGACAAUCUACUUCAACAGACCUCCGGAAAAAUCGUCUAUGGUGGCCAGCGGGAUCGUCAAAGUCUGUACUUCGCACCAACAAUCAUCACCGGCGUUAAACCCGGCGAUUCCCUUCUCUCCGAAGAGCUUUUCGGCCCGAUUCUCCCCAUCAUUGAUGCAGACUUCGAUACUGCUCUCUCUCGGACGCGUUCAGGAGAGCAUCCACUCGCGAUCUACGCAUUCACUACUCAAGAAUCCGAAAAGGCUCGCAUCUUGAACGAAACCCAGUCCGGAGGCGUGACCUUCAACGACUGCGGUCUCCAUAUAGCUGCUCGCGAUGUGCCAUUCGGUGGUGUUGGGAACUCCGGCCAUGGUCGCUAUCAUGGCCCGCACGGUAUCUUGACUUUCUCUCAUCUCCGUACGCAUAUCAACGCCGUGCCUUCAUGGUUGGAGGGGCUUCUCGCUGCGCGGUAUCCCCCCUACUCGGUUCAGAAGGCUCACAAAAUGAUGGCACCCGUCACCCCGCCAUUUGAUCGGGAUGGCAAUGAUACGACUUUCGCUCACUCAAAGUGGGCCUUUGGCGUUGGGAUUCUCGCGCUCUCUGUAUUGUUUGUGACUCGGUAUCAGAUUAUCGCUUUCGGUUCCAAGUGGCUCAAGUAA